GUGAUCCUGUUCAUCAGUUUCUUGCGUGCUCUCUCUAUUCAUGGCUUUUUCUUCUCUCACUUGGAAGCAUGAUAUCUUCCCGAGCUUCCGUGGAGAAGACGUGCGCAAAAACUUUCUUAGUCACUUACUGGUAAAGCUCGAAAGCAAAGGAAUCAGACCGUUCAUUGAUAAUGACAUUCAGCGAGGCCAGUCUAUCGGUCCGGAGCUCGUACAAGCAAUCAGAGAAUCAAGGGUUGCUAUUGUCUUGCUAUCCCGUAACUACGCUUCUUCAAGCUGGUGUUUGGAUGAGUUAGUGGAAAUCAUGAAGGGAAGGAAAAAGGAGCCAGAUGAGUUGGAGGAAAUACAGAAGGGCAGAGAAAGGGAUCAACAAACAGUGAUACCUAUUUUCUACCAAGUGGAUCCAUCUGAUGUUAGGAACCAGACUGGAGCUUUCUGAGAGGCCUUUGCCAAAACCUGUGAGGGAAAAACAGAUGAGGUGAAGCAGGCAUGGAGGCAAGCUUUGAAGGCUAUCGCCAGUAUCGCUGGUUAUCACUCUCGCAACUGG